AUGGCUUCCUCUUGUUCAAGCCAUUUCACUUCUUCCAUUAUAACCUCAACAGAGAAGAAGAAUUUGUUAUCUAUUGAUGCUGUCCUUGGCAACGAUGACCUUAUCACUGAGAUUCUAUUGCGUCUGCCGGCAAAAGCAGUUCAGAAAUUCAAGUUUGUUUCCAAGAGAUGGUUUUCUAUCAUCUCCGGCACAAGUUUCGCUUCGCGCCAUACUCACCUUAAUUCUCACACCGUCUCUGCACUUCUCCUCAAAGUUUCCUUUUCUUUCAAAAAACCACCUGCCCACAAAUAUGUUUCUCUUUAUGGGAAAUCAUCGGUUUACUUUUCCUGUGAUUUUCUUGACUUUGACCCCAGUAACCCAGGAUGUAUUUAUGUUUCGCAGUCCUGCAAUGGCUUGCUUUUGUGUUCUAAAUGUAGAUGGAAUUUUGGGGAGCUAUCUGAACCAAUAAAUUAUAUAUUCAAUCCCACCACAAGACAAUUUGCAUCGCUACCUCCACCUCCUGACGAUGGAAAAUAUUUUGAUUCGAUUCGAUUGGUGUUUGAUCCUUCGGAAUCGCCUCGUUACCGGGUUUCAACUUUGCGGAUGGUGUCCUGGAAUGAUGCUGUUCAUUGGAUUAGUCCUAUGGGGAAUGGUUUCAGUUUCUUGCUUGAUAAGGAACGUCUUGAGACAAUUCCAAGGCCUCCACUUCCUGAGAAGUGGCAGGAUCAAAAUUUCAGGUACUUUGGAGAGUCUGGUGGUAAUUUGCAUUUUAUUGGGAUUCUAGCAGGCAACCAAAAUCCUGAUGUUUUGAACAUGGGUAUUGCCUCCUCUGAUAUGUCUUAUGACCAAAGUAAUGAUCAAUCCAUAGCAAUAAGCGAAGAUGAAGAUCCUACAGCCUCACCAUUUUCGGUGAAGAAAGGAUUAGUUGAUUUGUUAUCGUUUAUCGAGGGAAAUGAUGAAGAAGGGCCAUUGCUAGUGAUGAGAAUCGCUGGUGAGAUCAUAUCUUACAGCUUAAAGGACAAAACAUUGAAGAAGAUUUCGAGUCUUCCUUUUAAGCAUGCUACCUACUAUGCUCUCAGCUACACUGAGACAUUAUCUUAUGUGUAA